AUGGGUAAGGUACCUAGACAUCGCCGUUCCAGGUCCCCGGUGGUUGCCGCCCAUGGCCACCUGGUGAAAAUCGUCCAACUGCCAUGGUUCUCAAAGCAGCACCUGCACUGCUCCCACCACGAUUACAAAGUAGCUACAAUUAGCCAGAAACCGGUCAUGUCCAGGCUAGAACGCAACAAACAAACUGCCCAUGACCCGUCAGCAAGAUGCAUUUUUGCAUACAAGCCCCCUGUGAAUACCGGUACUGAAGCCCAACGCCCAGCACGAGGAAACCAGAUGAAUGCUGAUACCGGGGACCUGCCUCGCUUGUUUCGCAACAGUUACAAGAGCAAUAUUUCGUCUGAAAUGUAUUAA